GGUCCUAUUGGGGGUUGGGGGAGGGGGAUCGGAAGGCGAGCUCGGCGAUGAGGCGGGGCCCUCACGUGACCGCGAGCUGCAGAGCGUUGCAGCCUUCGGUGCAGGCGUCACUCCUGUCUGGUUAUCAGCUCCCCGCUGCCCUGAGCUCAGCGCGCUGGCAUCGGGCCCGCGGCAAGCGGAGCAGGUCUGCGGGUCUACGUGUCAAGUGUUGCAGCAACUCACUUUGCAGCAGGAAUCGGGAGGAGGAGGAGACAACCAGGAUAGGCUAAGGAGCAGUGAUGCCCAAAGAGGAACAAGUGCUGAAAAAUCUCACCAUGGAAAAUGCCAACGAAGAAAAUGAAAAAAAGGAUGAAAAAGAGCAAGAUGCUAAUAAAGGAGAGCCUUUGGCCCUCUCUUUGGGAGCUGGUGAAUAUUGUGUACCUAGAGGAAAUCGCAGACGGUUCCGUGUUAGGCAGCCCAUUCUACAUUAUAGAUGGGACAUGACUCAGAGGCUUGGAAAGCCACAGGCGAGGAUGAGAGAAGAGAAUGUAGAAAGGAUUGGGGAAGAGAUGAGACAACUCAUGCAAAAGCUGAGGGAAAAGCAGUUGAGUUACAGUUUGCGAGCAGUUAGCACUGACCCCCCUCACCAUGAACAUAAUGAUGAGUUUUGCCUUAUGCCUUAAAUCCUGAUGUUAAUAGGGAGACACACUUGCUUCCUAAAUUUACAUGUUCAUGAUGUAUCUUUGUCAUAAACCUUUUGAUGCCACUCAUUUCUGGUGGGUCUCAGAUUACCAGCUUCUAGUUGAAUGUUUUGACCCAGUCUGUAAGAUUUUGUUAACAGGAUAAUUUCACCUGUUUCAUGGCAAGAUGCUUAUUAUAUAUUGUGAAGUAAAUAAAGCAGUUUAAAA